UAUUUCUGUCCAGAGAAGCAAAUAACACCUGGGGAGGGAAGACGACUACAUGUUCCAUCACCCACUUCAGUUCAUCUUUCAGUCAGCAGGGGACAGGGACAGCAAGUGGUCUGUUCACUACACUACCCAGAAGCCUCAGCAGGGUCUGGUCUUCAUCCCUGGAAAAAGAAGAUCUGGCAGCGCUGAUGACCUGCAAGCGUGUAACGGGCUGACUCAGCAUGGCUACAGCGGACCCACCAGCUCUCACCUCCAUCAGCCGAGCCCCGCCUCCCCUCUGUCCUCCUCUGGCCUGGACCAAUCAGAGGGCAGCACACGCAGAGGGUGGAAGGACAAAAGCCGGAAGAUGUCGUCAGCCUCCUCAGACGAAGAGGAGAGGUUCAUCUUGAACAACACACGACCUCUGACCCCGCUUGUCCUGAACCCUGUCCAUCUCACCUCUUGUUGGGACGUCUUUGCCCCCGCAUAUGAGCCAACAAUUGACGUGGAGAUGGAGCUGACCCCUCGGCUUCCGACACCGGAGGAGAGGAUGAGGCAGCAGGCCGAGGCAGUUCCAGCUGAUAUAGUCCCUAUCGAUAUAACAGGUGGGAGUUUUGAUCGUCAGGCCAGUUUUCGGAGAACAGUUUCCAGUGCCGACUCGUUAUCCAGGCGACCCCGCAACCUGAGCCGCCGCAAGACAGUUACUGGGAUACCUGAUAAUGUCAGCCGGAAGCUGGGUAUAAGCUCCACCCAUUCGUCUGUCUCUCCAGACUCUCCUUUGGUCUCUUUGGUUCUCCCCGGCCAGUUCUCCACCGUGGGUCGACCUACCUCCUCCUCCUCCACCCACCAACAGAAGAACACAGAGGAGGUCUUGGAGAAGAAGGAGAUGGGAGAAAUCCAAAAGGAGGGGAAGUCAUCAGUGCGGAGGAUCCGAGCCCCAAGAGGAGAGGGGAUGUCCAGUCUCAUGGCCUCCCUUACCUCCUCCUCCCCACAUGCCGACUCCUGUCACGACCACUCCACCUCCUGCUGCUCGUCCUUCCCUGAGGUCCACAGCCUCCCCCGUCUGUCAACCAACUCCUCUCUGAGCUCCGAGGCCAGCUGUAACAGCGUCUCCUACAGGACCCUCAGUGCCUCCUCAUCUUGCUGCCAGUCACAGGAUCUACAGGGUUUCCCCAGUGACCUCCGGCCCCUGCUGCCCUUUGACCCCACUGCCAGAAUCAUCCCACAGUCUCCCAUCUCCUCCUCCUCUUCUGUUCCUUCCUCCCCCGUCGUCUCCUCCCUUCCCAGCACCCCUGGCUGUGCCUUGCAGCCAGAGUGGUCUUAUCCCAGUGACAAGCCCCUGAAGGAGGCUGCCCUUCCCCACAGUUCCCCUUCUUCCUCCCACUACCUCUCCUCUUCCUCCAUCGCAGACUCAGAGUCUCACUUUAGCUGCCAGGUAUUGGAUGACCAACCCACCGCCCAGCAGGACAGCCAAUGCUCAUAUAGCGGUGGGUCCUACAGUGGGGAGAGAUGGAGCUACCAGCCCCUGUCCCCCAGCUCCAGUGUCCACAGCGGCCAGACUGGGAGUGACUGGAACGGCAUCACCCUCAAUCCCCUCCUCUCUUCUGGUCGCUCCUCCCCAACUUACACGGAGAGCAACUCCCUGUGCUCAGAGAAGAUGGCUUCUUCUUCCUCACUGAACUGGCAGAAAAGGAAAUCCAGCACUUCCUCGUCCUGCUCUCACACUAUCACCCGCAGCAUCUCCCUCCGCAAGUCCAAGCGUCCUCCUCCUCCACCGCUACGCUCUGACUCUCUGAGGCGCCGGCCAGGUCGUAAUAAAUCCUCCCGCUCCUCCGCCAGUCCUCGCCAGGAGCGCAGUCCCCGCCUGGAGCGCACCGCCCAGCAGACGCCCACCUCGUCUCCCCAGACCUUCCAUGACCCCUGGGUGCCCCGAAGUAACACCAAGAGACGCCAGAGUGGGUUUACCUGCGGGACAGUCACAACCUUUGAGCCCUUACACCUGGACUGCCAGGCAGCAGCAUCUGCUGACUCCCCUCCUUCCGAGCACCUUCCGCCAAGCCCUGGUCCCUCCCAGACCCGCGCCUUCACCCCUGGCUCUCCAGGUCCAGCUGCGUCUUCCAUGGCUGGACUGCAGCGCCUCGCCUCGCCCUCCAGUGGCUACUCCAGCCAGUCUAACACUCCCAUUCCUGGCACUCCUGUGUCUUCCCCCCUCACUCCGUCCUCCCCUCUCACAGCAAGCCCCGGGGCCUUCUCCCUCCCCCCGACCUCCCCCUUUCCCACUUCAAACUCGUCCACCUUUCCCGUGUCCCAUGCUGUCUCCUCCCUGCCCAGGACGAAGUCUCGUUGUGAAGGGAGACCAAAGCCACCUGUGCCAGAGAGGAAGUCUUCACUCUUCUCCUCCCUCUCCUCCUCGUUUUCCUCCACCUCCUCCCUCUCCUCCUGCACUUCCUCAGACUCUUCUGCCAGGCAUCCUCUUCUCCCUCCUCCACCUCCUCCACCUCCUCUACCAGAAUUCCCCUCUCUUAGACCUCCUCUCUUCUACACCUCCAUUCAUGAGUCUGCUCCUCCUGCUCCUCCUCUUCCACAUUCCUGCCUGCCUGGUCCUUCUUUCACCAAAUUCUCUGCUGCUCCUCCUCCUCCACCUUCAUCUCUUCCUCCACCCCCUCCUCCUCCUCCUCCACCACCUCCUCCUCUCCCACCUUCAUCCCUCCCCACUCCUCCUCCUCUUCCUCCUUCCUCCCGGCCUCCUCCUCCCCCCUACUCCUAUGCUGUCAGGCAGACCUCCCAUCAUGCUCUGAUGUGCACAGUGUCAUCAACCAACUUCCCUCCUCCCCCAAUUUCCCCACCUCUUCCCCCUCCUUCUCCUCUUCCUCCCCCUCCAGAACUCCCAGCCUUGCCAAUCACUGACUUCCCUCCACCUCCACCUCCACCUCCUCCUCCUCCUCCUCUGCCUGCUCUCCCCACAUGCCCUGCCACCUUCCUACCCCCACCAAGUCUUGACAAGUCUCUGCAGCACUGUGUUAAAGUGGCUUCACCCCUCCGCCCCCUUGUCACUGCACAAGCUUUGCAAGGCAUCAAGCUUCGCUCAGUCAAGAACCAGGAAGGCCUGCUUGCUAGCAUCGUGGUGGCUAAUGCUACAUCUGCUGAUGCUACGGUCCACAUCCAAGCUGACACACAGUUAGCUAAUGUUAAUCCUGACGGCCCGGCCCGCACUGAUGUUGCAGCUGGACACGAAUCAGAGCAUGAUCACUUGAACGUAACAAACAGCGAGAUGAGCGCUCCCAAGGACGAGUCAGCUCACGCUAAUCUUCAGAGCCUGCGCGGUAUUGUUCCUGGUUCAGCUAAGCAGAGAGGCUCCUGUCCUCAGGGGACAACUGCUCCAGACAUCCAGUCCAAUGAAAGACAGAGGACGGGUUCAGAUAUGGACGCUGCGCCGGCAAACAAUCAAGUCUUCAGUCCUGACGGUCCCUGGAUGAAACUGUCUGAUGCUACUGACAAAAGCUACAUCAACACAAGUGUUCAAAAUCCUCCUUUACAACAACAACAGCUCAAAGAGACAAUAUUAGCAGAUGCUGAGAAAAGUGACCCUGCAGAGAGACAGGGGAUCACUGUGUGGCACAGAGACAACAUAAGAAAAUUGUCAGAGAGCAAAGACGAAGACACAAAGGACAGGAAUCAUCCAGACGUGUGGAAUCACAGUGGAGCUGAUGGAGAUUCAGCAGCAUGCAGUGACUUUAAACAGAGUGGUGAUUUGCUUCGUUCCCCAGAGAAGCCGGUCCUGCCAAAGAAGCCUGAUCUCUGCAUCCUGAGUCUCAUGACGUCUCCUGAGGCCAGACGAGAACCAGGUGGGUGGAAGAGCGGUGGACAAAUCACAUCGCCUUCUUCUGGGCUCAGCAACCAAUCACAGCUUUCCUCUGAUUCCUCCUGCACAAACUCACACACACAUCUGACCCACGGUACAUUUUCACCAACCUGCACCACUACUGUCAAAUCACUGACACACACGGCUUUACCUGCUCACUCAGUGCACACCACAGACUCACCUGCCAGCUCCCCUCAGAAGCAGAAGCCACCAGUUUUGCACAAGAAGCCAGAUCUGUCGUUGACCUCACCCAGAGCAACCAAACCAGUCUUUGCAUCUAAAAAUACAGAGGUGGCCCCCAGAGGGACCCCUGGGACCUGUGGCACCCUGGAGAUCACUGGCAUUUCACAGACUCAGACCACCACAGGGACCAGUACCCCGGAGACCAUGGCUGUCACGGAGGCCUGGAGAACCAGAUGGACUCCACACACUAUCAGUGGGACCAUGAGAGCCCUGGAGAACUGUGGUACCUCAGGAACACGGGGAAGCUCAGAGACCUCCAACACCUUAAGGAACUCAGGGGAACGUGGAGCUUCAGCCCGAAAAGGUGGCACCCAGACUGGAUCAGCAGACCCGCGUGGCCUCUUUCAUAAGAGGAUGAUGAGGUCACAGUUGGCUGAAGAUGAAGAGGAGGAUGAGACAGAGAAGGUGGAAGACAAAGGGAUAAAGACAGCGAUGAUGAUGAUGGUGACAUCCACCAAAAAGAAAAAAGACAAAGCGAGGAAGAGGAGGAGGAGGAGGCCAGGCAGGGAACUGUUCAUGCUGUCAUCAGCAAUGGAGCCCUCUCCUUCUUCAUCAUCAUCAUCAUCAUCGUCAUCGUCAUCAUCCUCAUCUGGAGAUGAGCAAGAUGUGAUAAAAGAGAGAACAAUGCAGAAGAGUGAGGGAGUGAGGAUGACAAAGGCAUGUGAACAAGAGACAAGUGAUUCUGAGAGCUCCUGCGCUCUGAUUGGUCAGAGCAGGUACUCUCUCAGCAGCGCACUGUCCACUGACAGCCUGCGGGGGGAGCUGUCGCUUCCAGACCUCCUGAUACAGGAACCAGAGGAGGGCGAAGAGGAGGAGAGGACCAAGGAGGAUGCAAAGGAGGUUGGACGGCCUCCAGAUGCUGAUCUGUUCGUCAGCGUCUCUGCAGAUCAGAUGUUCGUCUCCGGUCGACCACGAACCACAGAAGAUCUGUUCGCUGUCAUCCACAGGUCUAAGAGGAAGAUGCUUGGAAGAAGGAAUCCAGAAGGUGAUCGGCAUCUCACCUCAUCUUCCUCCUCCUCCUCCUCGCCCCCAGUGACUCCCACUGACCCCCUUCCCUGCCAGAUGCGACCUGCAGCUCUCAAAAAUCAAAGGUCGGCGAGGAGUGAGAGCUUUAAGGCGCUCUUGCUGAGGAAGGGGAGUCGGUCUGAUUCGUCUCUGCGAAUCUCAGCUGUCGAGCGGCUUCGCAAAGUUGCUUCUCUUACCAUCGCUGCCGACCAUCAGAGUUCGCCGCCGCAGCCACCAGAUCAAACCCGAGUCAAACCCGCAAACCUGUCUCAUACCUUAGAUUCUCGCAGCAUCAGUGCCCACCUGACUCUGGGCAUACCUACGUCUCCCACGUCUCCGUGCAGUCAGAAUUUCUCUGUGAUGUUGGGUUUGAGACAAAGGGAACUGACGCAUAAUCACCUCCUCUUCACCUCCUCUCCCUUCUUCGUUCUCUCCUCCUCCUCAAUGCGACCUCGCUCCCUCACUCCUCCCUGCUCCGGCAGCCGACGCUUUGCCGCUCGCUGCCGCCUCUUCGCUGCCCCUAUGACCGCCAUCUUUGAGGGAGAAGGUGAGGAGGAGGAGGAGGAAGACGACAAGGUUUUUGUUGAGUCACCAGGAACCCUGUUGGGAACCGAAGGAGAACUGAGCCAGAGAUUGGUUGAGAGUUCUUGAUGGACAGGCUAAGUUUAUAGAUGCAGCGAAGUAGAUGUAGAUGGAAGGUGUGAUGCUUCUUCAAAUCACAGGAGAACCUGAUGUGAUGAAGUCCGGCUCCUCUGCAGAUCCUGAUCGGGUUUACAGCUGUCCACCAACCUUCUGGGAACUGGAUUGACCCGGACUGGACUGACUCGCCGCCUCAAGCGCUUAAUUGAAUUAAUUGAACUGAAGCACACAUGGUGACGCUCCAAUAACAAAGGACGUGUCACUAGUAGCCACACUUAACUACAGGAGCCUGAGAAGGACAUGUGUGUAAUUAGUCCUCAUGUUUUUUUCCCUCACCUGUGAAUUAUGAUCUUAAAAAAACAAGCUUGUUGUAAUAAAACAACUUUUACGUUCCCCCAACAUCCCGUUAAAGCUCUCACUGUAAAUUUAAACCUCAGUUUAAAUUCUCUUUAUUUGUCUUUUGCUUUGACAAGAAACUGAUUUAUGAUUUUCCCCUGAACAGCUUGUUUUCUUGAGAUCAAAUGGUAAACGAUAUAAAAUAAUAAUAAUGUUACAUGUAAGCAGUUUCCCAAAGGUUUCAGUAUCUUCAUACCACAGCUGUAAAAAGCCGUAUCAUGCCACACAUGACAAGCCAUCUUUGUAAUGUAACUAUCAUCUCUUUUUCAUGCAUCUCACACAGUGAGAUGGAGUUUAAGGUAAGUAUAGGGAGGUAGCUGCGUGUGCAUCACAGCACACAGACGUCUGUGACAGAAGGUCCGAACUCUUAUCUCUGAACGUUAUAAUUGACCUUUUUCUAUGUUACUCAUCUACACUGACUGACACUAUGGUUAAUAAGGGACGUAGUUUGUCCUCUGCUGUAAAUAAUCCUGUUCCUCUUUCAUUCUUAUCACGUUUUCCUGUUUCUGCAUCCUUUGUCUUCAUGUUGCUGCUUCAGUUCUUUGAGCUUCAGUCUCCAUCUUAACGAGUCACUGAGCCUCAGCUUCAAGCCUCACAGCUGAUUGUCUUUCUCAGAGCAGCAGACAGUUGGACAAAGUAAGAGUCUGAGGGAGGAUGGAGCUUUAUAACAUAAUUAUCUUUGGUGUGUGAACGUGCAAGGUUCAGAUUUACUCUGUUCACCAUUAAAUAUCUGCAGUUUAACUGGAAUUAUGGGAGAGAGUGGCAGAGGGAGGGAGGAUAUAAACUGGAGAAAAUGGAAAAAUGAAAGUUGAAUGGAAAUGUAGUUGUAAACAUUAAUCUGUAAAUACAGGAAAUGGUAUGAAUAUGAGCAGAUGGA